AUGACUCGAGUUCUUGUCACAGGUGGCACUGGCUUCGUCGCCGGACAUGUGGUUGAUACCUUACUCAAGCGCGGCCACAGUGUCGUAGCUACUGUUCGUUCGGAGGCAAAGGCCCAGUCAAUCCGCAAGGAGUUUCAGGGCGUUGGUAAAGACAAGCUUGACUUUGCUAUCGUACCUGACAUUGCGGCCAAGGAUGCUUUCCAAGGGUUGGGUGCAUAUGGCCUUGAAGCAGCCAUUCACGUCGCCAGUCCCUUUCACUACAACAUCACAGACGCCAAGAAGGACUUGAUUGAUCCAGCUGUCCUUGGUACAACUUCAGUGCUUGAUGCACUACACAAGACUUGUCCCACCGUUCGACGAGUUGCUUUGACUUCAUCCUUCGCCGCCAUCUUGGACCCCAAGCUAUCCUUUACAGGCGCGAAAAAGACUUACACUGAAUCCGAUUGGAGUCCUCUCACUAUGGAUGAUGCUUAUUCCAACCCCGGGCUUGCUUACGCUGCAUCUAAAGCGUUUGCUGAAAAGGCCGCUUGGGAUUUCAUGGCUGACAAGAAACCCAACUUCUCCCUCACAACUAUCUGCCCGCCCAUGAUUUAUGGUCCAGUCAAAUACCCAGUCAAGUCACUCGACUCUGUCAACACAUCGAACCAACUUCUGGCCGAUAUCAUCAAUGGGAAGCAUAAAGAUAGUCUUCCUGCGACUCAGCUCCCUCUCUGGGUUGACGUCCGAGAUGUAGCACUUGCCCAUGUCAAGGCUGUAGAGACCGAUGAGGCAGCGGAUAAACGCAUCUUUAUCACUGCCGGGUACUACAGUAACCAAGAUUUGUAUAGAGUCCUAUACGAGAACUUCCCAGAUUUGCGAAACAGGCUGCCGGAUGAGGCCAAUAAAGGAGGCGACCCAAACCCAGCUCUCGAUUCCUUUGGUUAUGAUAUCACUCGAGCAAACACGAUUCUUGGAAUCGAUUGGAUACCAUAUGAGAAGACAGUUAUUGAUUCAGUCAAGUCUCUUCUCUGA